AUGCCAUGGUGGUACUUGCUGCUGUGCGUUCCGGCAGCUGCCUGGUCAGGAGCCGGGCACUUACACAUCGCUAUGGCAGCUCAGGGCUUUCUGAAAGAGAAGUCCCGGCAGAAGGUGAAGGAGUUGCUAAAGGGCAACCUGGUGGACUUUGCUCACUACGAGGAGAAGCUCGCCGCCGCUUCGCCGGAGACGGUGCCCUUCCACUUCCACCGGCAGCAGCCGGAGUGGCGCUGCGGGGAGGGCCUGGGCAGCCAGGGCCAGGUGCAUUGCGAUGGCUCUGAAGCUAGUUAUUUCUCGCUGCUUUGUGCAGUAGCCCUCACCUUUGAGCGCUUUACGCACGAUGCCUUGCUGCGAGAGUAUCCCAAAUCGGACUUCUUUAGGAUGUCUAUGGCUCGCUCGGAUUACUGGGCGGAGCUGAGAGCUCUCCCGCAGGCAAAGCACUAUGAGGAGAUGCUGAAGUCGACGGAAGAUGAACUACGAUGGCUUGCAAUCUUCAUCGGGGACAUGCACCAGCCGCUUCAUUGGCUCCUGGGUACCCACGAAUAUGGCAGGAACAUCUCUGUGCAAAGCCAGGGCCAGGCGGUGUCCCUCUUCGACUAUUGGGAGACUCACCUGCCUCAGCAGUUCCAGCAGCACGACUUCACUGGCGCGGCCAGGAAAGAGAAGUACAAGCUGGAGCACUUUCGUCAAUUCAAGGAACACCCGCACCAGAUGUUUGCACACUGGGGCCAAGAGCUUGCGCAAGUGGCCUGUGACAUCUAUGGGGACCUGCCCCAAGAGGCCGCAGAUUCACGCAUUGAGCUGAGCGAGGCUGUGCGGGAGAAGUGGGGGAAGCUCUACGAGUCGCUUGUCCUCCGUGGCGGUGAGCGGCUGGCACAGGCGAUGAAGGAGCUGCUGGCUCACAGGAAGCACGCGGAUGGCCACCGACAUGGUCGAGGCCAUGUGCAUCGCAACAGCGCCAAGCACCUCUUCCACAACUUGCUCCUGGCAGUGCCCACAGUGCUCGGCUGGCUUUGGCUUCUCCGCUGGCACUUCAACGGCGGCAUGCAGGCUGCGAAGGAGCAUUUGAAGAUGUGA